GUUGUAAUUAUGUAGCUUAGUAUUUGUAGACGGAGGUUGACUCAAUCCUCGAAAUUGGCCACGUAACAAUUCCAUUUCAGAUUUCAAUACAAUCAUUUCAUAUCCAUUCCUCCUUACAAUCCAUUCAUAAUCCUUAUAGAAAUCCACAGAAAAAGCCUACAGUACUUGUGUUAGCCCAAGAUUGUACGGGAAGCUUGCUUGGCCUCUCCUAGCACUUGGACAGUUGGACCUUUGGUCCCAAUAGGAUGAUGCAGAAGAAACUUCCUAGUCUUUUUAAUUUGCCUUUAAUAAGGUCCCUUCCUCUAUUCAUUAACGAACCGACGAGAAAAAAGACUCCGAUGUCAGCAAUUCAAACGAUUUCCAUAAUCUUUCUGCUCCACGUUUCAAUGGCAGCUUCAGAUCCAUCCCAAAAGAGCUUCCUUCAAUGUCUUUCUGCCCAUUCUCAACCCUCCCCGCCUAUCUCUUCAGUCACCUACUUUCCCAGCAACUCUUCCUUCACAACUGUCUUGCAGUCGUACAUAAGAAACCUCAGAUUCACGUCACCGACAACCCCAAAACCCUUGUUCAUAGUAACCCCCACCCACGUGUCUCACAUCCAAGCAUCGAUAAUCUGUUCCAAAAUCCACGGCCUUGAAAUCAGGAUCCGUAGCGGCGGCCACGACUACGACGGCCUGUCAUAUGUGUCGGCCGCCCCAUUCAUCAUCCUCGACAUGUUCAAUUUAAGAUCAAUUAGUGUGAACGUAGAAGAUGAAAGCGCUUGGGUCGAGUCUGGAGCAACUCUCGGCGAGCUUUUCUACAGAAUAGCAGAGAAGAGCAAAAUCCAUGGCUUCCCGGCCGGCGUUUGUCCGACAGUUGGUGUCGGAGGCCAUUUUAGCGGAGGUGGGUACGGUAACAUGAUGAGAAAGUAUGGUCUGUCUGUGGAUAAUAUCAUUGAUGCGAGAGUCGUUGAUGUAAACGGCAGGGUUUUGGAUAGAGAUUCCAUGGGGGAAGAUCUUUUCUGGGCCAUUAGAGGAGGCGGUGGAGCUAGCUUUGGCGUCGUACUUUCUUGGAAAAUCAAGUUAAUUGCUGUCCCAGAAAUUGUCACGGUUUUUAGACUUGAAAAAACCUUGGAACAAGGUGCUACCGACAUUGUUCAUCAAUGGCAAUACGUUGCGGACAAGAUACAUGAAGAUCUCUUUAUCAGAGUGGUUGUGCUACCGGUGAAUAAAAAGCCCCAUCAGACAAUUAAGGCAAAAUUUGUUGCUCUGUUUCUUGGAACUGCAAAAGAUCUCAUUGCUUUAAUGGAUCGAACUUUCCCUGAAUUGGGUUUACAGCGCCAGGACUGCAUCGAAAUGAUGUGGAUCGAAUCGGUGCUCUAUUGGUCGAAUUACCCAAACGGAACUUCGCUGGAUGUUUUGCUCGACCGACAACCUCAAUCGGAAAAGUUGUUGAAGAAGAAAUCAGACUAUGUCCAAAAGCCGAUUCCAAAGAAGGGUCUUGAAGGCAUAUGGAAGAAAAUGAUGGAACUAAAAAAGCCGGCACUAACAUUCAAUCCUUACGGUGGAAAAAUGAGUGAGAUAUCGGAGUCUGAAACGCCAUUCCCGCACAGAGCAGGGAACAUAUACAAAAUCCAAUACUCGGUGACAUGGAAAGAGGAAGGCGUGGAGGCUUCAAACCAAAACUUGGAUCGCAUACGGCGGAUUUAUGAUUAUCUGACACCAUAUGUGUCGCAGUCGCCGCGGGGUUCAUAUCUGAACUACAGAGACGUUGAUUUGGGCAGCAAUGGCGUCGGUAAUGCAAGCUACGAAGAAGCUAGUGCUUGGGGGACUAAGUAUUUUAAGGGAAAUUUUGAUAGAUUGGUGCAAGUGAAGACGGCUGUGGAUCCGGAUAACUUGUUUAGAUAUGAACAAAGCAUCCCGUCUCUUGCGUGCUGGAAAUAUGUAAAGUCGCAGUAGAGGCUACAGGCUUGAGGGAUAUGUGCUGGCAAAGAUGCAAAAUUUAUAUUCUAUUAUUAUUCUCUCUUUUUUUUCUUCUAUUGAAGAUGCAAAAUGUUAGUAUGUAUGUAUUCAUCCACCAGUAAUGUUAUACAUCACCAUAUUAUUUCAGCCUCUUCAAA